CUGACCACUGUGUAUGUUUACCUAAGCGUUGACCACUUAAACUUAUCUUAAGUGUUCAAUAUCAAAAAAACUUUAAUCUUUAAAAGUACACAUAGUUAACAGAAAAUAAAUGAGCCAAUUGAUGAUUGUGCUGUCUGUAUUCACGACGGGCUAAUCAAAGGUCAAUCUGAAGACAAAUAUAUAUGUGCUAUGGAUGAGCCGAAUAGAUACUGUUAGCUGAUUGCCUUCACAUAGGUGUACACAGUUUACAUUUUUACACAUUCAGGAUGUGGCCUUUAUUGAACAAUGAAACUGUCCAUAUUGCUUACAUGUCAAUUCACAUGGUGCCCCCCAGCGAAGUUACUCAAAAAUGGUUGUAAGAUAUUUCUGACUGAGCUAAUUAUUAUUUCCCGAUGAUAAUCUAACUAAAAUCAUGUCAGUGUUGCUGUUCGUUAUCCAAAUGUUACUACUGUGAUCCGAGAUAUAACUUCUAUCGACCUCAGACUCCAUCUAUAAUGAAAAAGAAAACAAAGUAAGCGGUUGCUGUUUAAUAUGCACCAUAGGAUCGUUUGACCGAAAAAUCAUCUUCAUGAAUGUGUUGGUGCAUUCCAAUGCCAGCCACGUUUAAUCCUUCCUGUAUUAUUCAGAUUUCUUCGAGGUUCCUUCUCUGAAUAGGAAUGUUCAAAUCUCUAAUCUCCUUCAGCACAAUAAGCUUCACAAUCCUAUUAGUAUUGUUGUUAUGUGAAGAAAGUCUUGGAGAUACACCAGCGAACUGUUCUUAUUCGGAUGCAAUUGGUCAAUGGGUGUUUUAUGUAGGCGAUUACAAGUCGAAAUGCCCCAGUAAAUUUAAGCCUAAAAGGGUUGUGACUAUGAAGAUACAAUAUCCAGACAUUGUGACUGAUUCUUAUGGGAAUAUGGGGAAAUGGACUCUGAUAUAUAAUCAAGGCUUUGAAAUUAUUAUCAAUCAUAGAAAGUGGUUAGUUAUGUUUCACUAUGAGAAGAAAUCGAAGUUUAAUUGUCAUAAAUCGAUGCCUAUGUGGACACAUGACACGUUAAUCCGUCAAUGGUAUUGUUUCACUGCUUCGAAACUUGGUGAGACUGAAAGCCAACUGAAUUACAAAUUGUCUGGUGAAGAAAUUGACGAAAACAGAAUGUUCACAGUUGAUCCUACCCUUGUGGAUGAAAUCAAUAGACAACAGAACUCUUGGAGAGCGAAAAUGUAUCCAGAAUACUUGAGCUAUACAAUUGGAGAAAUGAGACGUCGAGUUGGUGGCACAGCGUCUGCGUAUUUAAGAUCACCAUCCAUACAUGCACCAAAGAAGUAUCUGUCAGCGGAAAUGAUAUCAGCUAUUCAACAUUUACCUCGUGAAUUCGAUUGGCUCAAUCCACCUGAAGGUCUCCGCAGUCCAGUGACGCCUAUUCGUAGUCAAGGCAAAUGUGGAAGUUGUUAUGCAUUCGCAUCCACGGCUGCAGUUGAGGCUCGUUUACGUUUAGCGAGUAAUUUUACCCUUCAACCUAUUCUAUCACCUCAAGAUAUCCUGGACUGUAGUCCGUAUUCACAAGGUUGUGAUGGUGGCUUUCCUUAUUUAAUUGCUGGUAAAUAUGCUGAAGACUUCGGCAUGGUCACGGAGAAGUGUAAUCCAUAUACCGGAAAACAAAGAAGUCAGUGUAAAACAAGUAAACAUUGUGAACGAUAUUACACAACCAACUAUGCCUAUCUUGGUGGUUAUUACGGGGCAACAAAUGAAGAAAUCAUGAAAUUGGAAUUAGUUCAGAAUGGACCAUUUCCUGUUGGAUUUGAAGUGUACAAAGAUUUUCUCUUUUACGAAUCAGGUGUAUAUCGACACACAAAGAUUGAAAAUCAACAUUCUCCAUUCAAUCCAUUCGAGUUAACUAACCACGCUGUACUGCUAGUUGGUUAUGGUGUUGACCAGGAUACAAAUCUACCCUACUGGAAUAUAAAAAAUAGUUGGGGUGGUCAAUGGGGUGAAAAAGGAUUCUUCCGAAUACUACGUGGUUCAGAUGAAUGUGGUGUGGAAAGUCUUGCUGUUAAAUUUGAUGUUGUAUUUUAAUGUGAAGAAGACUAAAAUUGUACCCUCAUAAUGUAAUUAAAGAAAGUAGAUUAAAUGAAUGAACAGCGCUUUCUUAUUUUGUCAUAUUACUUGUAUGUGUGAAUUCGGAAGAGUUCUUUUUCUUUGGAUACAGA